AGGAGGGGGAAACUCCCGCUGCAACCGCCCGGCUGGUACACUCGUUGAGUCUGCUGUGUGGAUGGAAUGGAUGCUACCGGCUGUGUGAGAGAGAUGGAGGCCGGUAGUGCAGAAGAGGGAGAGGCUCGGGAGGACAGCAGCGAGUGCCAGAGACUGACAGCAGAGAGAGAUGAAGCUGAAAGGCAACUCAAGCACAUUAAACGAGUUUCCCAAAUGGUCAUUGAGGAGGUAAACGUACUAACGACCCAGCUGGAGAUUGAGAAAUCCUGCCGGGAAAAUGCAGAGGCUCUGGCUACCAAGUUGAACUGUGAGAACAGAAAGCUGAAGUAUUUGAGUCUGUCAUCACGGCCAUGUCUGGACGAGCUGCUGCCCAGUAUUUCUGACUGCAUUUCUUUAGAAGAGGAGUCUGACCAACAAGAUCCCAGCUCUGAUCCCUUCUCUCAGUACAAACAGCAGGUCAAAGAUCUUCAGGAAACAGUGAGUUCACUGCUGGAGGAAAAGAAGCAGUGGACGUGUCAGCUUCAAGAGCAGAAGAGACAGAUAGAGGAGUUGACAGCACUUACUAAGGAGCAGGCCGAGAUGAAGGAGCUUUAUAAAACCAUUGAGCAGCAAACCAAGACCAUUAAGAGGUUCAACAGGGUGUCUAUGAUGGCCACUCAUGAGUAUGAGAAUAUGAAGGAGCAGCUGGAUUUGGAGCAGGACCUCAGACAGAAAGCAGAGACCUAUGCACACGAGAUGCUGGUAAAGCAGAAACAAACAAACAGACAGAGCAUGAUUCUCAUGCAGCAGGCCGAUCCCAGCGUUCAGCUGCUCAAAGCUUUAGAAGAUGUGGCCAAUGUGACCAAAACACUGGAAGAAGAAAGACAACAGAACCAAGAGAAGGUCAAGGCUCUCGAGAGCGAGAUGGAUACUUGUGCUUUACGUAAGCAACUGGUUCAACUGCAGAGGCAACUUGAGAUAUUAGAGGAGGAAAAGAAAGAGACGGAAGAGCGACUGCAGGAGGAAGAGAAGAAAAACUGUGUUUUGGAGAAGAAAGUUAAAGACCUGCAGGAGCCAAUGCGAAGCUGUGAUUCAGGCCCCUCCCCUGGGAUUGCCCCUCCCCCCGCCCCUCUUCCUCAACCUCCUCCACCUCCCCCACCCCCUCCUCCUCCUCCUCCCCCACCUCCUCCCUCCCGUUGUAACCCCAUCAGCUCUCUCAUUGCAAUAAUGAGAAAAUCUUCCAAGGGAGGGAAAGGAUCCUCCAAACCAGAGCAAGUCCCAGAGAAAGGAGCAGUGGAUGAUGUGAAAGAGAAAGCUGUCAAUGAAAUGAUGGAGAGAAUUAAACACGGGGUGGUUCUCAGGCCUGUCAAAGGGCAGGACACUAAGAGAUUUGGCACAAAGCAGCAGAGUCCGGCAGCAGAGGAAAAGCCACAGGAGAGCGCAAUGGAGGAGCUGAAAGGCAUCCUGGUACGUUUACUGAUUUACUUCUGCCUGUCAUUCAGUCAAAAGCCACUCAUGUUGUGCACUAUAACACCCCCUUAUUAG